ACCCGGAAGUUGUUGUUGAGCGCUGAGCGGCCGCCGAGGGGAGGUGAAUGGGCGCCUCCGAGAGCGGCUCGAGGGCUCCCCGCGUUCUUCUCUCCGCCGCCAGAGGCGAACUGGCGGGUGGCGGAGGCCAGGACCUACUAGCUCGGCCUCGCUGCUCGACAGCGGCGUGAGGAAGCCUUACCCCCCCUCCCCCCGGUGCAAUAUGUUCAAGAGAAUGGCUGAGUUCGGGCCUGACUCCGGGGGCAGAGUGAAGGUAGGAGCCGGGAGCGGGGAGGAGGCUGAGGCGGGGCCAGCUCGGCCUGCUCGGAUUCGAAACCGUUGCGCCUCCCUAACGGUUACUUUUGAGUGACAGGGAGGUUCCGAAGCCCUGUGGGUGCGUCGGAGUGCGGAGCUGAGAGUCGUUCGUGGGCGGAGCGCUCGCUUUGCGUUCAGAAGAUCCCGAGUUCGAUUCGGUGGUUGUUUAGUCGUUUAGUCGUGUCCGACUCCUCGUGACCCCAUGGACCAGAGCAUGCCAGGCACUCCUGUCUUCCACUGCCUCCCGCAGUUUGGUCAAACUCAUGCUGGUAGCUUCGAGAACACUGUCCAACCAUCUCGUCCUCUGUCGCCCCCUUCUCCUUGUGUCCUCAAUCUUUCCCAACAUCAGGGUCUUUUCCAGGGAGUCUUCUCUUCCCAUGAGGUGGCCAAAGUAUUGGAGUCUCAGCUUCAAGAUCUGUCCUUCCAGUAAACACUCAGGGCUGAUUUCCUUAAGAAUGGAUAGGUUUGAUCUUCUUGCCGUCCAUGGGACUCUCAAGAGUCUCCUCCAGCACCAUAAUUCAAAAGCAUCAAUUCUUCAGCGAUCAGCCUUCUUUAUGGUCCAGCUCUCACUUCCAUACAUCACUAGUAGGAAAACCAUAGCUUUAACUAUACAGACCUUUGUUGGGUUUGAUUCGGUGCCGCCAGUUAAAAAGAUUCCAGGUGUUACAGAGAUUCUCUUCGUGUCCGUCACAAUAGACAAGAGGAGGCUGCAGAGGAGAACUGGUCCAAGGCAGCGCUGCUUUUGUGUGCUUCUGGACUUGCCUCUUCUUGUUGCGUAUUCCCAUCCAUCCCACUUGCCUGUUACGCUCCACUAGCAUCGUUCAAAUAACAUUAGAAGUGGCUGCUUUUGGAGAUGGAUUCUGGAUUUCUGUGCCUCGGUCUGUGUGUAUGUCCCCCAUUAAAUAGUGGCUUCUAAGGGGAACAUUUACAACAUACCUUAAAGACCAUUGCAAACAAUCGUUAGUAGGAUUGGAAUGUCACUUGUAGUUUAAGGUUAGAUUCUGGAAGAGGUAAAGGACUUGGAUUACCAUAAAAGAUGUGGGAGGAAAGGAUUAAUGAUAGGACCACAAAGGGGAGGGUGGAAGUCCAGGAGAUUCCUUGGAAUCUUGUUUUUUAUUAUUUAUGUUUGAUAUAUCUUUGUAAAAGUCUAAUUUGAAACUCACAUAUGUAUAUAUAUAUAUAUAUAUAUAUAUGAGAGAGAGUGGCUUUUAGACACCGCAGCUAAGGAGUCCUCAAAACUCUUCAAACGUUUCUUUCUUUCCCUCCCUUCCAGAGACCUAGAAUCUUAAUAUUUAUAGAUAUGCAGGUUUCAUCAACUAGGACCAAUUGAUCAAACUGGUAUAAAUCUGCACAUGAGUUAAAAACAAAUUUAUUUGAAGAAAUAGUUGCAUUUUUAGGCACCUCAUGCACAUACUGCAUUGUUUGUAAGGGGCUUUUUAAAUUUUUGAAUGUUGGUACUCUGCCUACUAUCCAACGUUCUUGAGGCGGCUUACAGCAUAUUCUUAAUAUAUACUAAAAUAGACACUGAUGCGAUGGUUACAAAAGUGUGUAUCUUAAGUUCUUAGUUCUGUUAAUGCUUAGUUUUCUUAAUGUUCCAAUAGGUGCCAUUGCAGCUCCUGACCUAGAAUGGAUUACGGAAGCAAACAGUUGUUGGUCCCUCACAGGCCAGGGCUUCUUGGCUAGUUCCUUCAGCUGCCUCACAAAUUCAUCUUCAGGGAGUCUUAGAAUUGUAGAUUUGGAAGGUACCCCCGAGGGUCAUCUAGUUGAACCCUCUGCAAUGCAGGAAUUGCUGUAAAUAUGUUAGAAACCUCCUUCCCUGUAUUCACAUGGUCCAGUUGCCCCUCUUUUGUGGAAUCUCUGAGCAAUCAAAAAUUAUCCUGCCCCAACAUAGCUGCCUAAAUAACUAGACGUUAAUUUCUUCAUCUUUCUUUUGUGUGUGUGUGUCUCAUUAAUUGGGUGCAGUUAUUUAGUCAUUCAGAAGGCUGUAAAUCAGUUAAUUGGCUAAGUGUGUGUAGAAUUGGACCACACACAUUGUGUUUUGAGUCUUCAUCCAUAACACGAUUGUUUGUUGGCUUACUCUAUCUUUUCUUUCAUCAUGAUGCUCAAGGCAGUUUUCGUGUGUGUGUUCAUGUUCCCAGUCAGACUUCAUCCAGGUGUUGAAGGGAGCCAAAGCCAGAUCUGUUUAGCAAAAACAUGGUGUAUAUUUUAGGGGGGGGUAAUUUUUGCCCCAUCACCCAAUUGGUUCCUCAACAUUAUAGUGAAUUUUAGAAAUUGUAUCUAUGAAGCAAGUUUUGAAAGUUACUCUAGUUAGAAAUUUAAAAGAAAGAAAUAGAUAUUUUAUAUUUAAACUUAGGCACAUUGGAUUUGUUGGAACAAAAACCAGUGACAGUAUUACUGUCACUCUCGGAGUAUAUAUUUUGGUAGAUAAUGCAGGAAAGAUUAGUUUAUCUAGGAAGUAAGUUUUUAUGUUAAGCAGAUUUCUGAAAAACAUUGUCAUGCCUCUUUUUCCUCACUUGAAGGGUGUUACUAUUGUGAAACCUAUUGUUUAUGGAAAUGUUGCACGCUAUUUUGGGAAGAAACGAGAAGAAGAUGGACACACACAUCAGUGGACAGUUUAUGUUAAGCCUUACAGAAAUGAGGUAAACAGAAUCGUUAUUGUAUAACUGUAUAUAACAUAUGCGUACACCUGUGCGAAUUCUAAUUGUUUUCUGUCCAAUCCUGAUCUCUUGAACACUGCUCAUGUUUUAGAUAUCAAACUAGGAUAACUAUGUAUGCAGCUUUCAAUAUAAGGAACUCUACAGUAAAAUUUAAAAAAAGGUGACUACAUAGGAACAAAUAUAAGGAAUACCUUUGGAAAGAUUGCAGUCUAAAGAAAUAGGGUAUUUGACUGCUGUCUGAAUUUAUGUGGAAUGUGCUUAACUUUAAAGUAAAUAGACUCAUGGCAUGCUUCAGAAAGCAUCUUGGGGAAAAUCAGAUUAGAGGUCACACAAAUGUUACAAGAAUCAGCAGCUUAUAUACUGCUAAUGCUCAUAAGUAUUUCUGUGAUAAGUGGUAAGCGGGCUAGAAGAGCACAAUGAAACACUGUAAAGUAUAUUAUUGAAUGUGUAAGUAAUGGUUGACUGUAUUUGUUCCAGGAUAUGUCUGCAUAUGUAAAGAAAAUCCAGUUUAAGUUACAUGAAAGCUAUGGUAAUCCAUUAAGAGGUAUGACUUAAAAAAUUUAGUUGAUACAACAUAUGAAAUAGUUUUCAAAGAAGAAAUAGCUUAUGUUACCUUUUCUCUCUCUCUUAGUUGUAACUAAGCCACCUUACGAAAUCACUGAAACAGGCUGGGGUGAAUUUGAAAUCAUCAUCAAGAUAUUUUUUAUUGAUCCUAAUGAAAGACCUGUGAGUAUUCAUAUUAGCAUGAAUAGCAAAGAUCUAUUUUUAAUACCUGGUCAUUCUGAAGAAGCCAAAUUCUGUUUCAGUUUGAUUAGGGAUUAGCAGUCCAUUGGGAAAGAUUCUUUUGUUUUUUAAAAGUUGCUUAUAGUGUAUGCAGUUUGACCUAUGAUGAGAGAAAUGAGAUCUAUGGAAAUUCUGUAUUUUAAGCCACUGUUAAAGGGAAAAGAGCCCAGUGUGUAAAAAUUAGUGGCAUCCCUAAUUUGUGUGCUAAGCAGUAUCUGUAUACUUAAUUAUACACUUAAUUGGUUAAACCUCAGAGCCUAGGACUUGCUGAUCGAAAGGUCGGCGGUUCGAAUCCCCGCGGCGGGGUGAGCUCCCAUCGUUCGGUCCCAGCUCCUGCCCACCUAGCAGUUCGAAAGCAUCCCUAAGUGCAAGUAGAUAAAUAGGGACCGCUUUCUAGCGGGAAGGUACCGUAUUUUUCACCCUAUAGGACGGACACUUUCCCCUCCAAAAUUGAAAGGGAAAUCUGUGUGCGUCCUAUGGGGCGAAUGCAGGCUUUCGCUGAAGCUUGGAGAGCGAGAGGGGUCGGUGUGCACCGACCUCUCUCGCUCUCCAGGCUUCAGGAAGCUAUCUGCAAGCCUGGGGAGCCUGCGGGAGUUCCCGCAGGGCUCCCUAGGCUGCGGAUAGCAGCCUGCUGCACAGAGUGUGGGGUGCGCUGAAGCAGAGCGCCCCACGCUUUGGGCAGACAUCGGGCAGCCCCACAAGCUCGGGGGACAGCGGGGAGGCGCAGUACCGCCAUCCCGCUGUUCCCUGAUCUGGUUUGGAUUCCCCGACCUGGUUUUGGGGGGGAAAUAAAGGGGGAAAUUUUUCCCUUUAUUUCCUCCCCCCAAAAAACUAGGUGCGUCCUAUGGGCCGGUGUGUCCUAUGGGACGAAAAAGACGGUAAACGGUGUUUCCGUGUGCGGCGCUGGUGCUGGCUCGCCAGGUGCAGCUUCGUCACGCUGGCCACGUGACCCGGAAGUGUCUUCGGACAGCGCCGGCUCCCGGCCUCUUGAGCGAGAUGAGCGCGCAACCCUAGAGUCGGUCACGACUGGCCCUGACGGGCAGGGGUACCCUUACUUUAAAGAACCCUAGUUUUCUAAAUACUGUUGUUUUAUCUAUCCAGUGGCCAGAGUAAGUGCAGCAAAUAUUUUGAGGACUGACGUAGACAGCAUUAAAUGUGGGGGAAAAUACUUUCAAAGUACUGUUGGGUUUUUUAAAAAUGAGUUGAAUUAAUUAGAUCUUAAUCAGUAUGGUAAAUUCUUACUCUGAAUGAAUACUUUUGUGCUGGCCACUAUGACCCUGGAAUGUAGACACGUUAAAAUACUCAAUAACAGUUGUACAGGUUAUUCUUAUUAUUUGUGUCUUGCACAGGUGACUCUCUAUCACUUGCUGAAGCUGUUUCAGUCUGACACUAAUGCAAUCCUGGGGAAGAAAACUGUAGUUUCUGAAUUUUAUGAUGAGAUGGUAAGAAAAUAAAAGUAUUGUGGGGAAAUUAUCCAUUGUAGCUGAUGUAUUAAAUUUAUUAAUAUUUUUUCAUUAGAUAUUUCAGGAUCCUACUGCUAUGAUGCAGCAGCUGCUGACUACAUCUCGUCAGUUAACACUUGGUGCUUAUAAGCAUGAAACAGAGUGUAAGUGCUAAUAGGUGUGAAUUUUCUAUGAACUUUACCUGAAAUUGUGUUUUUGUGAACUGUCGGCUAUAUAUUUUACAUGAAGUAUAUUUUGAAAGAAAUGUUUAUCUAUUAUGAUGGAUAGUAUAUAGUGACCAGUUCCCUUAGAAAAAGAAAUCUGAUUCCUACUGUUGCUAUCAGUCCAGAUAUAGAGCAGUAAAUGUGAAUGGCUUAGCUCUGUAUACUAGGAAUUUUGAAAUGCCAUAAAGUAAGCCCUCAAAGCAGAAUUACAGCACUUAAAAAGCACAUGGUUUUUUCUACCCACAAAAAGAAUCCUGUUAACAGUAUACAAAUUCUAGAUUCUUUAAAUAUGAAUUAUAUACAACAGCUGACCUGAAUAGUUUUGUAGGAAUUCAGAGUGUUGGAAAGGACCUCAAAAGUAAUCUAGUCCAACCCCUUGCUACAUAAGAAUGCCACUCUGCAGCAUCCCUGAUAGGCCACCCAGCCAUUGUUUAAAAACCUCUAACGAAGGAGAGUGCCCUAUUUUCAAAGAUAGUCCGCUCUAUUGGCAAACAGUUCAUACUGUCAGGAAGUCUCUCUCUCUCUAUUUUUUUAAAACUUUAUUCAAAAACCGAAAAAGAAUUACAAACAUCAAAUUCAAAAUCCAUAUUCGUUUUGUAACAUGUCUAUUACAUAGUUGACUAGAUUAAAAUAUACCUAAUUGCUAUAGACUUCCCUUUGCUAUAUAUAAAUGCAACGCAAUUAGAAGUAUUUCUAAUAUAUUUAUAAUACUGUUAGGAAGUCUCAUUGAUUCAGGUCCUACUCUCUGGAGCAAAUUUUGUCUUGGAAAUCAAGCUGGUCAAACACAUGCAAAGAAGUUCACACUUGAAUGCCCAUCUGCCCUGUUUUAAUCUAUUAUAUUCUAAACAAUAUACAAUGGAUCAAACAGAGUUCAUUAUGUUUUCUAAUUAUUCAGCUGUGCUUUGGAAUUGUCCUAACUUAGCAAAAUGCUGCAUAUGUCUUUCUUGCUCUCAGUUGCCAAUGUAGAAGUAAAAACCAGGGAGAAGCUGGAAGCUGCCAAGAAGAAAACCAGUUUUGAGAUUGCUGAACUUAAAGAAAGAUUAAAAGCAAGCCGUGAAACGAUCAACUGCUUGAAAAAUGAAAUCAGAAAACUUGAGGAUGAUGAUCAGUCUAAAGACAUAUAACAAAUACCUACAUAUUAAAGGACUAAAAGUGAAACCUGUUGUUAUCAUGCAACCAAUAAUGUAUCUUCUAAGAUUUUGUAAUGGCAAAAUAAGUUCCAGGGGUUUUUUUGGGUGGGAGGGGAGGAAGGGGAAAAUUUGGUGUGUUAUAUUUGACUACUUGAAUGUUUAAUAAUAAAAUGUUAUUUUCAUAGUUUAAAUUACAAUUGUCUUUCCAUCUUUCUUUAAAUAGGGUGGUGUAAAAUUUAAGUUUUAUUUAUUAAGUUACCUUUAUGAUACACUAUAACCCAUUCAAGUGUGUUCAUAUUGUAAUUUACUGAGCUUUAUAUGAAAACCUUUCACAAUAUUGCUGUUUAAUGAGAGUAACAUUUGAUUGCUUGAUACACUCCAUUGACCUGAAUAUAAGAGGAAAAUCGUAGCUUUGUUGAUAUAUAAAGUCUGCCUCUGCUUCCAGACUAGUCAGAAUUGUCUGAUAAAACUACUGUUGGACAAAGAAUAAUUACUGGUGGGUUUUACAUUGACCAAACUAUAAAUCAGAUUAUUAUUGAUGGGGUAUUAGAGGCAAUAACAGUGUUUGUUGCUUUGAGUUUCCUGAAUAAAAGUACUGUAUGG